AUGAUUCGUGCGACGUGUAGGAACCCUCCGUCCAUCAGUGGUGACCGUUUUCAUCGCCCUCCGUGUUUGUGCUUCACUCCUGCUGCUUGUUGGACGUCCACCUUUCUGUUUUUAGUCCUAAACGCGGCCCUUCGCCUGCUAACUCCUCUCCUUUCCUUCCAGAUCAAAGCCUUCGAGAAGAUGGACCACCUGGCCCGAGCUCAGCGCAUCCUGGAGCUGCAGGAGGCAGAAAACGCUCGAUUGGAAAUCGCCCAGAAGCAUCCAGACAUCUACGCCGUCCCGGUUAAGCUGCCAAAACCAAACCUGAACCGCCCUCAGCCAAUCGGCUCCAUCGCCGAGCCGCAGGCGGCGUCCAGGCCCGGCUACUCGGAGCCCAGAGGAGGCGAGGACAGGGCGGAGUACCGCCGCCAGCUGUCCGACCAGACCAGGAAGGGAUACUACAACCCCCAGAAGUACACGGACACCGAGCUGUGAGGCUCCACAACCAGGAAGUGAUGUCACGCCUGUUCGCCGGCGACCGCCGCUCUCAGAACUCUUUAUUUUUUAUUUUUAUUAUCAUUCGCUCUCAUGUUUCCUGCCGUGACGUUCAGCUUCAGCGCCAAACCCGGAUUCUCUUUUAAGCCGGCGCCGUUGGCAAAGCUGCACAGAGAGAGAGAGAGAGAAUGUCGGUCCAAAACUACUGAUUUCCUGAGAUGUUCUGCUGUAAAUAUUCAGUUUGAGCCGCCGGUGAAAAUACCCAGCAGAAGUCUAAAUGUCGUCCGAUUUCUUUGCGUUUCGCUCUCAAGCCGCCAGAUUCUCCGGUAAAUGCUUACAGCGGUGUUCAAUGAAUAGUCCUCCAAAGUUUCUGAAGGUCUUUCUGAAAACUGCAGGAGACCGAGACGGAUUUCUGGAGCUUUUCCUUCGGACCAGAAUAAAACCCAGGGUCUUAAAAAUGUUAGAAAUAUAAUAAUAUAUGCAGAAGCUAGCGUCACUUCUGUGUGAUUUUUAGGAUUUAUAGGGAUAAUGUUCUGCUUCUGGUUACAUGUUUUAUACUUGAAUGCCUUAAAAAGACCUGAUAAAAAUCAAGAAUUAGAAUUUUGAAAUGAAAAGUUGUAGGAAAAGUGAAAAUGUGAGAAGCGGGGAAGAAAUUUACCCCCUGAAAACAGAGCUUAUAUGUGGCUUAGUAAAAUGUAAAAUCUCCUGGUUUAAACUCUUCCGCAGCUCAUAGUUUCUGAAAACGAGGAUUAAAUCAUCAGAGCUGCUAAUUGGUAAACGUAUGUUCUUGCUUUCUAAAAAAUAUUAGAUAUUAAAUCACUUCAUGCGACCGUAUAGUGACUUUUAUUCUUGUUCAGGAUGUAGCUGCCAUGA